UUAGUUGGCCAGGAUUAGACACACACUCAUGUUCGAGAAGUGUCGCAAUGUACACUGCAGGUUUUGGGAGCCGAGGUCCGCAUUGGAAUUCAAUGGGAGUUGGGUGUUUAAACAGUCCGGGGUUACAGUAUCUCGGAAAGAAGAAAAUUUAGAAAAGAGACGCCCGGAAACUUCAUGCAGUAUCAGGGAAAGUGUUUAUUGUGUCUAAUAUUCCAUUGCUUUCGUUAAGGUAUAAUCGUUCAGCGUUCCAUUCCCAAAGAAAUGGAACUAGGUGCAAAGAAUACUGAUUAACGUUGCGUUUGGAGUGAACACGAUUUCCCCUUGGGUACUGGAUUCCCAUUUGAAGACGAUAUGAUGCCUAGAGGACGUCAGGACAUACGGUCACAUCUGGAUGACUUGGCACAGCGUCACCCAGAAUUCGCUGAUCACUUGCGAUGUCCACCCUGGGCUGGUGAGAUGGGAGGUGCCCGUACAUGGGGUCGAAAACGGCGUGGCUCAAGGUCAGGAGAUGACGAUGCCCAAGGACAGACUGAUGGUGCUAGCAGUUCCAACUGUGAACCUACAGUACCAGAAAGAGUUGAGCAUCAGGAACAGAGGGAGGAACCAGGUCCCUUUAAUGGACGAUCUCAUCAAGGGAACCUUCCUCAGUAUGGGCUGAGGAAUACAGUUGAUCUUGGACAACAGCAGCAUGAAUCUGAGCAAGAGAAACAAGGUCGUGGUCAGAGGUCUAUGUCUGCUCCACCUGACAACCGUACCCAGCAACCACAGCAGCCACAACGUUUUGUGUCUCGCAUAGAAAUCAAUCCAGUUAACCCUGCAGACCCAUCAUCAGGUGGUGGCCCUGGGACUGUUACUUCAGAAAGCCAUGGUAAACCACCAGUGGCACCAAAACAAGCACCACAGCCACAGCAGGCCACACCUACAAAACAAACAAACACUGGAAAUGUGAGGCAUAUUCCAAUAUUUGUUGAGGGUAGAGAUGAGCCUAUACUUCCCAGAAAUGUCAGUCCACAGAAUGUAGAGCAUGUGUUUACAUCACGAGUCCCACACCCCGGAGUGGAACAAGUGUUCCCUCCACAGCAAUCACCACACAGUUUUGGUCGAGCUCCUCAGUAUGCUUCACAUCAUCAGUUCUACCCCCAGCAGCAUCAAGCACAACAACCAGGAGGAGGCAGGAACUUCCAGCAGCCGUCAUCUCCAAAACAACAGCGACAAACAAAGCCACAGCCUCAGCCACAGCAACAACAGCCUCCCAAAACUUCCGAGGUUCCUGCAGCCAAUAGUCCCAUUGCACGAGUCCAAGCAGUACAGAAAGAUAUGGAGGAAUUGAAGGUCCAAGUGAGUAAGUACUCUGGCAACUCAAGGAAGGACAAGGAGUAUAUCUACCUUGAUGAGAUGUUAACAAGAAACCUUCUGAAACUUGAUGACAUUGAUACAGAGGGCAAAGAUGAUGUGCGGCAGGCACGGAAAGAUGCAAUUCGAACCAUUCAGAGAUGUAUUAGUUGCCUUGAAGGGAAAGUUCCUGUCCCCGAGGAAAAUACAGGACCUGCAGCAGUAGAGCCUGCAUCAGAGGAAAAUAAAAAACCUGCAGCAGAAGAGACAGCCAUGGAUAUUGGGACAGAAGAGUGUCAAGCCAGUGGGACUGAAGGAAGUGUAACAGUGGAAACAGCCCCUACAGAAGGUGUGAUGGAAGUAGCUCCAACUGAAAGUGCCACAGAAGGUACAGUGGCUGAGGCAGAUAAGGGUGCACAGGAAGAAACUAGGAAUGCUGCUCCAGCUAUUACUGAACAGACACAAGAAAAGGUGGAGGAAACUGGUUCUCUUGAACCUAUUGUUGAGGUACAGAAAAUGGAGGUUGCACAGAGCAGUGAGAGCAUGGAGGUGAAGCCUGUUGUAACUGGUGAAGUGAAUGAGCAGGUUCCAAUGGAAGUGGACGAACACAAACAAACUGUGGAAAAGCCCCAGCAUGUUUCCAAAACAGCGGAAUCGAAGAAGCCCAAGAAAGGCGGCAAGAAAGGUGCAACUGUGAAAAAGAAUUCUGCACCUGCACCUUCAGAAAAAACAGACCUGACUGCAGGCGGAGAUUCAGACAAAGUUCCCGUUACAGAAAAUACUGAUUCCAAGGUAGAAAGUGGUGAAGUGCCGUUGGCAUCUCAGCCACAAGUUGAGAAGACUAGUUAGAUCUUGGUCCACUUCAGUUCCUUGUGAUAGGUUGUAUCUAAAUUCAUUUUCUCAAUGAACUGUUUUAUCGCCAAAUAAAAAAUAAAUUAUUGAGCGUGUGUUUUAUAGUUCACAUGGAUUUUUAAAUAAGUAUUACUUUUCUCAGUCACGUAUUUAUUUCUUCAUUAGAAUUAUUCAGACUAAUACUUUAUUGUGUUUAUUACCAGGACCAUUCUAUCUGCUAGGAACAUCUAUAUUAGUGUGCGUAUAUGAUCUGUGUGUGACUGGAAAAGAGAUUCGUGUUGUGUGUUGUGCUUUUCCUCUUGUGGUUUAAAGGCUACUAUACUAUGUCUUGCCAAAGAUAAAAUGCCGAAAACAUAGGCAUGAAGGAGAUGGCAGAUAAAAUUGGAAUUCUUGGAAGGUAGUAAUAGUAUGUUGCUUUUUGGCCUGUUCGGUAUUGCACUGGUAAGGAUGAAAUCUAUUGGGUUCUUUUGUAUUCCAAUGACAUAGCACUUCCCACAUUCCCAGAUUUGCUGUGUUUACUUGGAUUUUGCUACGUGUAUCUUUGCCAGUUGAACAGAAUAAAUAUUAGGCUAAAGUGUUAGUAUCCUGCUUGCGUAGGAUUUAAUCCGACCAAUAUGAUAGCGUCAGGCCAGGAGGUAUAGAGGUUUUAAAGCUGUUUGUUUUUCACUGUUGUCUCAGCUGUGAUAUUUCAGCUCUAUAAUUAUUCAAAGAAGAUAAUUUGUAGCUCACUAGAUAAAUUGCCUUGUGAUUUUUGUGCAUCAGAGAAUGGUUUAUUGCUUCCAGAACGCAGAUAUUAUGUAAAACACAGGAAUUGUCUUAUAUAUUUUCACUCUGUGUAUAAAAAUCAGAAUGUAAAUAAUAAAAUGUAAUUUAGUUCAUUAAAUAUUACACCUUAAUUUUAUGAGGUGCUAGAAAA